GUGGACUUCGGGGCCUGCCUGCACACAGACUGGCGCACGGGGGUCCAGGCCCGCCUCCGCUGGGCGGCGGGCGCGCCGGGCGCGCCAGCCUCGCAGCCGGCCGCUGCGGCGGUUCCGUCGCAGAGCGGGAUGUACGACGCCGCCUACCAGUGGCAGCUCAAGAACGGGGCGUGGGUGGACUUCGAGGACGAGGAGCAGCACGACCUAUUGCUGGCGUGGAGGAGCGGCAAGAACGUGUACAGAUAUGCUGCCCGCGGCCUCCAGUACGAGGUGGACUUCCAGUGGAUGCGGCAGACCAACCUGUGCACGAAGCACGCGAGGUCGAUCCGCGUCCGGAUCCACGAGGACCCCUGCGCCGGCAUCGCCGUCACGCUGGGGGCCGUGCCUCCGAAGGAGGAGCCCGCGUGGGACACCUACUGGCACAUCGGCGGCGAGCGCCGGCCGCUCGACG